CAAAUAUGGCCAGAAUGUUAUAGGCUGCAAUUUGAAUUCUUUUUAUUCAAGUCUUUGUUUGGCUACUAUAUGCCUAAAAAACUUCUUGAUGCAAACUCCUCCGGGUUAGCUACUAUUUUGUAUUCUAUCAAAAUGAGUUGUUCAACUUCAAGGCCUAUGUGAUUGAUGAAUUCUAAUGUCUUAUUGAAAUGAUGUAGAGGAGAAACUUAGUGUUGGGGCAACAAUUUGUCUUUCUAUAUAUGGAGGUAAAGACCCGACAACGUUUGGCGACUUGCUUAUUCUCCGGUGAUGAAAUCUGCCUUUGACUCGUCGGGAUUUCCUGCAAGAAAGACACUCCGAUGCUUAAGUCAGUUCAAAGUUCGAUCCCUUCUUCCCCUUAAAAUCUCAUAUUUAUAGGAUGAAAUAUACAAAACAGUUAGUUGGUUCAAGUGGACCCUGAAAAGGAGGAAGGAGAACAACUAAAUUUUCCUCCAAAAAUACCAACUUUUAAAAUGUCUCGCUCAAAGGUCAGAAGCGCGGAUUGCCUCUGACCUACAGCUUCUGCCUUCGGAUCAUUCCUGUGUAUAAACGCUUCGUUUUGAAUAUUUGAUAAAUGAGGCAAGUGUUUUCGGGCCGAGCAUUUUGGGCCCAACAGAUGCCCCCUGGCCCAAGCUUCGGACAAGUGUGGCAUGUUAAUCUGUUAGAAUCUUGGGCCGACUCUUCAAUACCAAAAGGUUCGGCUAAAGCCGUCAUUCUCCGUAAACCGAGGCAAUCCGUAGGUACAUGAUUACUUGAUUACCUGACAAGUUAUACUUAAUGCGUACACAAUUAUCGAGUAAAAUGUUUGGCUCAAAAUUUCACCUCUCAUUUAAGUAGUUUCUGUUUCAAAAUAAUUCUCAUUCAGAUUCCCAAACUUUGUUCCAUCUUCCAGAGAGAAGCUUCAAAGAAACCCUAGAGAUUUUCUUCAGCUCAAACCUUUGAUAAUGUCUUCUCGUUCAUCUCCUGAUCCUACGGAUCGCGAUGGAUACAAAAAUGCGUUCGAACGCAUGCGUAAAUCGUUCGACAUUCCAGAUAAUGUCACGGUGAGGAUGCUCUCGGAGGCCGAACUUCGAGAAUGGCGAUUUAAGGACGUAGUGAAGCGUACUGAGAUAGUCAUGAGCUUGAGACACAUCGAAUGGCUCCGUUUCCCUCUCCCAGCUCUGCUUGUUCAGAUAAUUUCAAACUCCGGGGCUCACAUUUCGCAAUUUCUCCCAAAUGCCAUUCAGUCUAUAGUCGGGGCUCAAAUGAUAGGGAGCCUUAGGAAUGUCAAUAUCCAAUCGGACGACAUUUAUGCAUGCUUCACCAAGUCUACGAACAAGGUGAUAGAGGGAAAGCCUUGGAAAACUUUCUACCUCUCUCCCAAAAAGGAUCGGACAAUCUUCACCGAUUUCGAUAGCUCCCAUCGAAAUUGGGAUAAAUACUUCUUUGCUGUUGGAGGAGCAUGGUACCCUGAGUACGUGCCUCAGGAAAUUUUUCCUCUGGCCAGGGUGUUUAUAAAAGAUUUUUCUUGGCCUCAGGUCAGCAUGAGUUCUGAGCGACAUAGCAAGCUGACAGAGAAAUGGCUCCUUCAUGAAUCUAAGGAGAAUGCCAUUAGCAUCAGGGGUGUACUGAACUCCUACUGUAUGCAGAUUAUGACUCGGCUUUGCUUCGUGGAUCGAGUCGAUCCUGGAGCUGUGCGGGUUAGAUCGCAGAAGGGUGAUAUGACCCUAGGCAAGAUUACUGCAGCAUGCGCGAAGCAGCUGGGAGCUUUCCUGAAGAAAUCUCCUCAUACUCCUUCAACUCUGUCACUGACGAAAGCCGAGUUCGAAAGGGCGUGCACCGAAACCUUCGCUGCGUGUGCCAAGCGUCAAGGGGUCCCAGAGGGUAAAAAGAAGGAGGGUUCUGGCCUGGCUGCAGAGUCUUCCCCUGACAAAUCCGGCUUAUCGCGCAGGUCUUCUCGCAUCCAAGGGCGGUCGUCCACGCCUUCUGACGCUCUGCAAAUUAAGCCUCUUCAGCAAGUGCCUUUGCCUACAGACGCCUUGGGAAAAAGAAAGGAGCGUGAGGAGUCCUCUUCCGAAGAUUUGGACAACGGGAAGUGCAUUUCGACGAAGCUUCGGAUCCCGAAAGGCUCUGCCCCCACUCCUCAAGGAUCUGCUCUAGCAAUCCCCAAACUUUCCCCCGGUAAAUUACCAACAGGUCAGGCCCUCUCGUUGUGCAAAAAGCCACGGGGAUUUGCCCCUGUUGGGCAUUUACCUGGGGCAUCUUCUGUUACUCCUGUAGUUGGAUCCUUCUUGGCAGCGGGCUCAGAAGGGGUGGCUCAUGUAGAGGGUGCUUCCUCUUCUCCUUCCAAAUUACCAGGAGAGGCGACUGGAGAUGGAGUGCAGGAUGGCUUACCGAUGGAGGUGAAGUCGUCUGCUAUCUGCGCGAAGCUGUCAGAGGCAUUGACCUCUGCUUCUGAUUUAGCUGAAGGGUUUGCCGUUGGCCAUAAACGUGGCUCAGAGGGGAGACGCCCUUCCUCUGCCUCUCGUAAAAACAAGCUUCUAGAGGAUGCCUUCGGGGAGGGUUUUGAAUCUGCGGAUAUCAUUCCUCUGCCAGUUGAGGCAAGUAAGGUCGUUGAGCCCGAAACUAUCCCUGGGGGCCAGGAAUCAGGGGCUGUCAAAGUAACAAGUGUUGACAGUCUUGGUGUUGACGUCUCUUCAUUGCUACCUACCGCUUCUGAGUUUCAUCCAGGAGAUGUCACUGCUGUGUCCCCGAAGGGUACUAACUCUUUUGAAUCUCCUAGCGCUUUCUUGGAGCUGCUCAUGUCUUCUGCCAUGCAGACGCCAGUGUACCUCCCUAGUGAUUUGGGUGAGGAUGAUAGCUUGUUUGUACGCCCUUUGAAGACAUAUUCUUCUGGCACGGGGACAGUUGCGUUGGCGUCUGAUAGCAUUAUGGUAUCGACGUUAGCAGAAGGUGAGAAGCCAGUUUCCCCUGUUGCUUCUGCGGCUGCAUCUGCAGGAGGAGAAGCAAGUGACAGAACAGGAGUAAUGUCGGAAUAUGGCCCUUCUGCGUCUAACGAAGUUAUGGAGGAAAUGCUACGUAUAAGCAGACCCCAUCUACCUACGGAGCAAUCGGAUCUUUAAGUGGACAAGGCGAUUUGUUGCAGCAAGUAUCAGACCAUAUCUGGAUGAGCUAUGUAUGUGCUUCGGCUGCAAGGCGAGAGUAUGCGGCGGCUAUGCAGAAUGGAGCCAAACUGGCAGAGCAGAUGGCGAAAUUAGAAGAGGAGCGGUCAGGGAGAAAGAUGGCUGAGGCGAAUCGAGAUGUGCUGGUGGAGGCCAUCAAGAGG